CCUUCACUCCCCACCACUCAACCCCUCUCCGCGCGCGCAAUGCGUGCAGCAGCGCGUCGCGCAGCCGCUUCGCAGUUUGGAUCGUGCCGCGAUGCAAGAACCAGCUCAUGACUAAGGGCCCCGUAUGGGUUCGAAACUAGUCGGGCAUACUCCGACGUAAUAUCACAUGUGCAAAAUGAUAUAAAAGCCAGCGCUAUGGAGCGGGCGGGUCGUCGUGCUAAGGCGGGCUCGCUCAGCGGGCUGUCGGGGCCAGCGGGCGCGGCCCCAGCCGUGCGCCGCCAGCGCUCGCUCGAGUGGGCCGGCGACCGCUACAGCAGCAGCGACGAAGACCGCCCGCAGAACACGCAGCUCAACGACAGGGUCUUCGCCUCGCUGCUCGCUCAGGCGACGCAACAGUUUGACAAUGAACAACGUCGUAUAUACGGGUCAGAGAACGGGGAGGGCCCGCCGCGGUACAUCAGUAGUCCUCAACGACAAGCAUCGCCGUUUCCCCUAGAAAGUACAAACAGGCGUUUUUAUAGAAGAAACAGAAACUCGAAUGGCGAAGAGAUAUUGAGCGGCGAGGCGGCAGGCACGCUGUCUCGCCGCAGCCGGCGGGAGGAGUUCCCUCAUGAAGCCAAUGAGCGCGCCAAUCGACUCUGCCAUGUCAACGGGCCCUCAAGUGGCGCUCAAAGCGAGCGUGAGUGCGAGUCUCCCCCGGAGCCUGCGCCGCCGGAGGUACCUCCUCGAGGACCCUCCCUACACGUCACACUUCGACACCGGCCGGCCCCUGACCAGCCUGCGGACGCUGACCGCUUGUUCCUGUCUGAAGAAUUCGUAAUGUCAGAAGGGGGGCACGGAGGAUCCGGUACAUACCCAGCCCGUUCACCAAUAUCCAGCUCCACCACGGGACACUCGAGUUCUAGCCACCACAGACCCGAGUUCACCGACUUUCAUAUAAACGGCGUUUGCAGAACCGGCCCGUCAAAUAUUAAACAUAGUUUGAACAAGGAGCGUUUUUUUCCUGUUCACCAGACGCUUUUUGACUCUGGUUUGUAA